UGAGGUUCUGCACACGUGAAAGGAAGUGCUGCAAGACACAGCCAAGCAGAGGGACAGCUUAAGUCGUCUCCGGUCCAAGGAUUGAGCGAGAGGGGAGGAGAGUGGAGGCUGGCAGGUCAGCACUGGAGAUGGGCAGUGCUGUAGGACUCUGCUCCAGUCCAAGGGCUUGGGGACGUGGCUGGAUUAUCGCCCGACUUCUGUGCUUUGCUGCCAUUAGCUGGGUGCUCAUGACUCAGAUGGAGGUGGGAGCCUGGACCUACCAUUAUGGUGACAAAUCUGAUUACUCAUGGGAGGUGGCCAGAAACUUUUGCAGGUCAUUCUACACUGACCUCGUAGCAAUCCAGAACCAGGGGGAAAUUGCUUAUCUCAACAGAGUCUUACCUCGCCAUAGAACAUACUACUGGAUUGGGAUACGAAAGAUAAACAAUGUCUGGACCUGGGUUGGUACCAACAAAGCCUUGACAAAGGAAGCUGAGAACUGGGCUAGCAGGGAACCCAACAAUAAAGGGAGGAACCAAGACUGUGUGGAGAUUUACAUAAAGCGGAACCAUGAUGCUGGAAAAUGGAACGAUGAGCACUGCCAAAAGAAAAAGAGGGCGCUGUGUUACCAAGCGUCUUGCCAGAGUUCCUCCUGCAGCCAGCAUGGUGAUUGCAUAGAGACCAUCGGGAACUAUACCUGUGAUUGCUACCCUGGUUUCUACGGGCCUGAGUGUGAACACGUUGUGAGGUGCAAAAACCUUGACCCUGGGCCUGACUGCAGUCAUCCCCUGGGGGAAUUUAGCUACAACUCCACAUGCAAGUUCCGGUGCCAGGAGGGAUUUGAACUGCAAGGGCUGGACAUGCUGCAGUGCUUGGCAUCGGGGAACUGGACAGCAGAGGCUCCGGAGUGUGCAGCUGUCAAGUGCCCAGCGCUGGCCACCCCAGGCAGGGGCAGAUUAAACUGCACUCACUGGCAUGGAGACUUCACAUAUAACUCCAUUUGCACCUUCUCCUGUGAGAUGGGGUUUGUGCGGAAUGGAUCGGAGACACUGGAGUGCACGGCCCUGGGACAAUGGACAGGGCUUCCCCCGCUCUGUGAAGCUGUCAAGUGCCCAGUACUGACCACCCCGGGCAGAGGCAGAUUAAACUGUAUUCACUGGCAUGGAGACUUCACGUAUAACUCCACCUGCGCCUUCUCCUGCGAGACUGGAUUUGUGCGGAAUGGAUUGGAGGCGCUGGAGUGCACGGCCCUGGGACAAUGGACAGGGCGUCCCCCGCGCUGUGAAGCUGUCAAGUGCCCAGUGCUGGAUUCCCCAGACAGGGGCCGAUUAAACUGCACUCAUCGGCAUGGAGACUUCACGUAUAACUCCACCUGUGCCUUUUCCUGUGAGACGGGGUUUGUGCGGAAUGGAUCUGAGACGCUGGAAUGCACGGCCCUGGGACAAUGGACGGAGCGUCCCCCAUGCUGUGAAGUUGUCAAGUGCCCAGUGCUGGAUUCCCCAGACAGGGGCCGAUUAAACUGCACUCAUCGGCAUGGAGACUUCACGUAUAACUCCACCUGUACCUUUUCCUGUGAGACGGGGUUUGUGCGGAAUGGAUCUGAGACGCUGGAGUGCACGGCCCUGGGACAAUGGACGGAGCGUCCCCCAUGCUGUGAAGCCGUCAAGUGCCCAGUGCUGGAUUCUCCGGGCAGGAGCCAAUUAAACUGCACUCAUUGGCAUGGAGACUUCACGUAUAACUCCACCUGUGCCUUCUCCUGUGAGAUAGGGUUUGUGCGGAAUGGAUCGGAGAUGAUUGAGUGCACAGCCCUGGGUCAAUGGUCAGAUCGUCCCCCAUGCUGUGAGGCUGUCACGUGCCCAGGUUUGGCCGCCCCUGGCAGAGGCCGAUUAAACUGCACUCACCGGUAUGGAGACUUUGCAUAUAACUCUACCUGCGCCUUCUCCUGCGAGACGGGGUUUGUGCGGAAUGGCUCGGAGACAGUGGAGUGCACGGCCCUGGGACAAUGGACAGGGAGUCCCCCACGCUGUGAAGCUGUCAAGUGCCCAGCGCUGGACACCCCGGGCAGGGGCCAAUUACUCUGUUCUAACUGGCAUGGAAAUUUUGCAUAUAAUUCUACCUGUGCCUUCUCCUGCGAGACAGGAUUUGUGCAAAUUGGAUCAGAUUUGCUGGAGUGCACGGCCCUGGGAAAAUGGACAAGGCGCCCCCCACACUGUGAAGCCAUCAAGUGCCAAGUGCUGGAUUCCCCAAUCAGGGGCCGAUUAAACUGCACUCAUUGGCAUGGAGACUUCACGUAUAACUCCACCUGUGCCUUUUCCUGUGAGACGGGGUUUGUGCGGAAUGGAUCAGAGAUGCUGGAGUGCACGGCCCUGGGACAAUGGACAGGGCAUCCCCCACGCUGUGAAGUCAUGAGAUGCCCCAAGCUGAGGGUCCUAGAGCCAAUUCUUAUGAAUUGCUCCCACCCUCUGGGAUCCUUCAGCUAUGGGUCAGUGUGUCGCUUCCGCUGCACUCAGGGCUACUUCCUCAAUGGGACGAGCAGGGUGCGGUGCCAGCCUGAUGCGCACUGGUCAGACAAGAUGCCUACCUGCCAAGAAGAGGCUGCUCCCUAUUUCAAGCAAGUCCUGCUUUACAUGGGUGGUGGAGCUGUGGCCCUUGUGGCCCUGUUGCUGACAGGAAUGCUCAUAGCUCUGCUAAUCAAGCGUCUCAGUGAUAAAGAGGAAGAAAAAACACUGCUGAAUCCCACCAGUAACCUGGGAUCACCUGGUGUCUUUACAAAUGCAACGUUUGACUCCAACUUGUAAGCUAAAGCAGAAGAUGCCCCCAGGAGAGAAGAUCACUGGAAGUGAAAGGACCUGAAGAUGGUACUCACGCCUCAUUCCUUUUAGAAGCUGUUUUUAUACCUUACUCCUCAGCUCAGCUCUGCCAUCGUCCAGCCCAAGAACUCACAGUCAGGGAUUAAACUAACUCUGGUGCACACAU